AUGUUCCUGAAUGUUUCAGCAGCUUCACUAACUUCAAAAUGGGUUGGUGAUGCUGAAAAAAUUGUCCGCGCUUUAUUUCAAAUUGCUCGUAAUGGGCAACCAACAAUCAUAUUCAUCGAUGAAAUUGACUCCAUUUUGUGUGAACGUAAUGAGAAGGAAACUGAGGUUUCAAGACGUAUGAAAACGGAAUUUCUAAUUCAAAUGGAUGGUAUGUUAUCGUCAAAAGAUGAUCGUUUACUGGUGAUUGGUGCAACAAAUCGCCCUGAAGAGCUCGAUUCAGCCAUUCUACGCCGAUUUCCAAAACGAAUUCUCAUUGAUGUACCAAAUGCAGCAGCACGCCUUAAACUAAUCAUGUCAUUGCUCGAGAAAACGAAAACUUCAUUUGACCUCGGUCUUACACAAAGGCAAAUCCUUGCAGAAUGGACGCAUGGAUACUCCAAUUCGGACUUGGUUGCUCUUUGUCGUGAAGCUGCGAUGGUGCCAAUUCGUGACCUAUCACGUAAGGAUAUAAAAAAUUUAGUCAGUACGGAACUUCGGCCGAUAACACUACGUGAUUUUGAGAUUGCAAUGAAAGCUAUCAAACCUUCAACAAAUGAACGGAUGUUGCAGAAGUUACGGAAAUAUGCAGCAACAGCUGGGCAGUCUGACUGA